UUGUUCAAACUAUUUUCUUCUUUUUUUCUCUGACGCGUGGAAAUGAUAUGCACGCACGCUUCUGUGGGAGAGGAAGUAGGAAAUAGCAGAGUUUAGACUUUAGACUUUAGAGUCAGUGUACGCAGAAGAGUAAAAUCGAUUGGCGAUGAUGGAGUUGAAAGAGAUUCAGAGACUCGAAGGCCACACCGAUAAGGUUUGGAGCUUGGCCUGGAACCCGACCACCGGUCACGCCGGUAUCCCACUCGUCUUCGCUUCUUGCAGCGGCGACAAAACCGUCCGAAUCUGGGAGCAGAACCUCUCCUCUGGCCUCUGGGCCUGCACGGCGGUUCUGGAUGAAACGCACACUCGAACUGUUCGAUCUUGUGCUUGGUCACCGUCGGGUAAGCUAUUGGCCACUGCAAGCUUCGAUGCCACCACUGCCAUUUGGGAAAAUGUUGGUGGUGAUUUUGAGUGUGUUUCUACUUUGGAGGGACACGAAAAUGAAGUCAAGUGUGUGUCUUGGAACGCGGCUGGGACGUUGCUUGCAACUUGUAGUAGAGAUAAGUCUGUUUGGAUAUGGGAAGUGCUGCCUGGGAAUGAGUUUGAGUGUGUGUCAGUGCUGCAAGGACACUCGCAGGAUGUGAAAAUGGUGAAGUGGCAUCCCACAGAGGAUAUCUUGUUUUCAUGUAGCUACGAUAAUAGUGUUAAGGUUUGGGCGGAUGAAGGUGAUAGUGAUGAUUGGCAGUGUGUUCAAACGCUUGGGGAACCCAAUAACGGUCAUACUUCCACUGUUUGGGCCCUCUCCUUCAAUGUGAGUGGUGACAAAAUGGUUACGUGUAGUGAUGAUCUUACACUGAAGGUAUGGGAAACAGAAAGUGUAGGGACGCAAUCUGGUGGUGGAUUUGCACCUUGGACACAUCUUUGCACUCUUUCAGGGUAUCAUGAUCGGACAAUAUUCUCAGUUCAUUGGUCAAGAGAAGGUAUCUUUGCCAGUGGAGCCGCAGAUAAUGCUAUACGGCUUUUUGUGGAUGACAAUGAAAGUCAGGUUGGUGGUCCUCUCUACAAGUUGCUGCUGAAGAAGGAGAAGGCCCAUGACAUGGAUAUAAAUUCUGUGCAGUGGAGCCCUGGGGAGAAGCCGGUACUAGCCUCUGCAAGCGAUGAUGGGACAAUCAAGGUGUGGGAGUUGACAUCAUACUAGUUUUCCACAUUUGCUGUAUGAGUAGCAGAUAUUUUAUACUGGAGGAGCCUAAUAGAAGUGCUAGAUGUGCAGGCAUCCUCAUAGCUAUUUUUCUUUUCUUAGUUAUAUUUACUAAAAUUUUACAACAGACAUUGAAUAUUAUAUUUUUUUAGGGGAGUCAGUAGUGUGACUGUAAAUUGUAAUUACUGUCACAACUAAACUUUACAUUUUUGCUCAAGAAUGGCUCAUAAAUUACUUAUCCUAA